GCAGGGCCGGAGUCCGUGCGGGGCCCCGCGGGGCUCCCACCGAUGGCCGUCCGCACUCCGCAGAGCCCCCGCGGGCGGCACGCCAGGUCCCGGGCCGCGGAAGAUGGAACCGUGGGAGCGGGGUCCGGAGGCGGAGCUGCUGGGCGCCGAGGGGGACUGCGUGCGUGGGGCUGCGUGCGGUGGACCAGGGCUGCGGACUGGACACUUGGGCUAACGGAUAAAAAAUCAAUACCAAGGGCUGGGGCUUUAGCUCAGCUGCGCAGCGCCUGCCUGGCAAGCGCAAGGUCGUGAGUUCGAUUCCCGGUACCAGA